AUGCCCAUCAUCUCCCCGGACCCCUUGGGUUCCUCCUCCUCCUCCUCCUCCUCCUCUUCUUCUUCUUCUUCUCCUCCUCUACGGUUCUCGUUCCACUCCGCCGUUCUUGAGCCAUAUCUGCAACUUGGGACGGGAUCCCCGACGACGGGUGCGUGGGCGAUACAUCUACCAGUCCGUGUGCAAGUCCAACGGCGGCCGGCAGAGCCAACAGACAAGUCCAAGACCAAGAGACACAGACCCGACCAGACCAACCUUACCGGCGAUAACUGCCUACUAAUAAAAGCAAAACGGCUUAACGCAACGGGAGUCAUCGCACGAUUUUACCCUUGCGAAUUCCAGCCACCAACAAACCCUCAAAGACCAGCGUGGACCACGUCCCGCUACGUAUUCUUGGGGGUCUGUCUAGACGAGCUUCCUGGAGGUUAUAUAGACGAACCAUCGAUCCAUGUUCUGCCCCUCUUACGGCGACAGGGUCUCACUCUCUCACUCAUCAGUCUUCACACACGCACGCACACCUCACGAGACUAG